AAAGACCGAAAUAUCGAUUUUUAGGCCCCUACGAGGCGGUUCGAUGCUCAUAUCUGCCCCGUGCCCCGUUCGCGAAGCGCCUUUCAAAACACCGCGACGCGUGGUGGUGUUAUAAAAUCAUUUUCCAUACAACAUAUUCGUUUUAAACAUUGAGCUAUUUUUUUUCAUAUUUUUCAUCGUCUGCCAUUCGCCGGUCAACUGAAAUCCUGUAUCCAACGUCACAGAUUCUCUCACUCUCUUCCUCUCGGACACAAAACACACACACACACACACACAUACACUUACAUGCAUACACACGGGUCUAUUAUUGCAAUGUAAUCGGUUCGUACAAGCAGUGAGUAAAAACGAAAUUAUAAUGGUGUUUACGCAUCCGAUGUAUCGUUAAAAACUUUGCGACGGAAAUAUUGUCGAUUGGGCGGCUGUCUCGGAUCUUUCGGUAUUCGAUUGUAAUGACAAACUAUACGAGCAGUGCACGCAGUGUGAUUAUUCUAGUUCGGUAAAAAUCGAGACGAAGACAAAAAUCUCGGUGGUGACAUAGUACAAAGAGUGGGGUGGAAAUAUACGAGUGAGAAUUUAAGGAGCGGAUUCCGGAGAGCGGGAGAAACUGCGAACAUGUCAUCGGAAAAAAUGGCGAUCGCAGCUUCAGAAAAUUAUCAGCUCAAAUGGCACAGCUACGGAGCUCACCUUCACACUUCGGUAGCAACUUUGUUACAUUCCGAGUCCUUCGCGGACGUGCUGCUCGCGACGUCUUGCGGCAGGCACGUGGCUGCUCAUCGUUUCGUCCUCGCCGCGUGCUCCUCCUAUCUGAGUCACAUCUUCCAAACGUGCCACUUCGGAGCGAACACGAACGCGCCAAUAAUCGUUGUACUGCCAACGGAAAUUGGUUACCGUACGUUGAAGAUUUUGAUCCAAUACAUGUACAGCGGCGAGGCGACCGUUACGAACGAUCAGCUCGAGGGUGUGCUCAAAGCCGGGGACAUACUGCGCGUACGCGGACUUUGGAGAUCAAACGCGGGCAGCAGUAGCAGCAGCAGCAAAAAGGAAAACAUACAAUCGAACAAUCAAAAAGUGGAGCGCGACAAGAGGGAACAACAACCGAUACCUGGUCAAUUGCAAAAAAUCAAAUUGAUACAACCGGCUGUGCAGUCAGAAAAAAUAGUCGAAACGGUCGGAGGAGCCCUGGCAGGAGCGCAGCCACAGUCGCAGCCGCAGCAUCAGCCACAGCCGGCGGUCGAAACGAACGUCGAAACCCCCGAGAACUCGCCUUCGAUCGCGACGAGCCCCUUGACAACGCUCGCAACGCCACUCUCGAUGCCGGUAUCAGCGGGCAAAACCGUCAUCGAAAAAAACAACGCGGAAGAAGCCGAGGAAAAAAUGAGCGAUAAUGCGAGCAACGACGCGAAGCAACGAGCCCUUGAGGAAAACAAGCUCAUUGAGCAGAGCAAGAACAAAGAAAAUCUCGAGACAAGCGGAAAGAGAAAAAGGGCCACGAAUAGCGACGUCGAAUCGACCAAGUCGAGGAGCGAGGUUGGGGACAACACGGAGUUGAAUUUGGAAUUAUUGGUGAAGGACGAACCUAUAGACUGGGACGAAUCGAUGGAUCCGUCGGAAUCUUUAACGAUAGAUCACGAGAUAGACAUAAAGCCCGAAAUCGUGCACAGCGCGGACGAGGAUGGUGACAUUGAAGAAGAGGAAUACACCCCACUCACCUGCGACAUGUGCAGUCAAACGUUCAACAGACCCUCCGAUUGGGUCAGACAUAUCGAGUUCACUCACGCCGACAUGACGGAAAAUCGACGAAAAAAACGAAAGGGUGACGCUGACGACGACAGCAAAGAAUUCCCACCUUUGAAGUGCGAUUUGUGCGGCAACAUGUACCCAACGCCACAGGAAUGGGUGCGUCACAUUCAGACGGAACACACGGAGGAACAAUUAGCAUUGAUGAACAACUCGGCACCACCGAAACCAAAGAGAGCUCACAGUCAUCAAAAGUUGUGCAACAUUUGCCAAAAAGUAUUUCCGAGUCAUGCAUCAAUGGUGAUACAUCAACGAACGCACACAGGAGAAAAACCGUUUCUCUGUUCCUACUGUAAAAAAGGUUUCAACGUUAAGAGCAAUCUUUUGAGGCACUUGCGAACGUUACACGACAAAUUCGUCCAUCCCAGCCUGUACGGGAGUAACGGUACCAAAAACUCCUAGACCUCUUAGAACUUGAAAUCGAUUCAUCCCCGUUUUUCUACAAACAAACUACAUAUACCAAAAAAUAUUAUGAAUUAACCAACAAAGAAAAAAGCUCAAUUGCAAGGCGUUGUCGGACUACUACCGACCAGAGAGGACAAGAAAACGUUGUAAAUUAGUCAUCCUCUCAACAUAAUGACAGCGUGUAUGAUGCUGUGCGACAUGCGAGUGUCGGAGAAAUAAGUACCCUUUUAAACAUGUUUUUACAACUUUUCUCAAAAAGCCUAUCUUCUUUUUCGUUUUUAUUUUGCUGCUUAAUACGGCGUCGAUGCUUGUCAUCUUGAAAAAUUAUUUGCCGUUUACAUUCCUACGUGUCCCCCGAGUGCCGCGUCACUCAACAUAGACAAUAAAUUUAGUUGGUCAUUAACUUUUAAAGUAAAAACUUCAUACCCCUCAAUGCUUGUUUCGAGUCAUACGGCGUCGGUGCCGAUUUUCAUUCUCAUUAUCACACUCCGACGACUGUGUAUCUUCCUACGUUCAACAUGAUACGAUCGUAUUAGCGCGCUUGUAAAAAGUUGUAAAAACACUUUUUUUUUUUCAAUGUAAGAAUUUUCCGAGGGAACUCGAUCCCUCAGCCCAUUCUUAAUUUAUUUACAAUUAUAAGUGGCUAAAUCUUCGUCUCGUUUCUUCGUACGAUACCUCCGUACCCGGAGAACAUGAGAAGGAUCGUUGUCAAAUGCGUCCUAGACUAAGGCAGAGAGCAAAUGUGAGAGAACGAACGAACGAAGCGAGUAUAUUUUGAGCAAACGCAGUUCUCGUCAUUUCGAACAAAAAGGUUUUCCAUUCAGUUUUACGGAAUUGAAUUGUUGUAAAUUAUUUCUUAAAAAUCUUUGUUAUUUUAAAGCUGCAUAUUUCCACUCUUUUCGCUCUGAUGUAAAUAAUUUUUCUUCAUUACUACUAAAAGGAAAGUAAUUCUACAAAACAAACAGCACAGAAUGACAUUUAUUAUCGUCAUAAUGAUUCGUAAUACCGCGCAUGUGUUGAAGCGCGGAGGGCGAGGAGGGGGCGGUACCAUUCGAAUCAUAACGAAGCGUAGGAGUCAACAUGAGCAGCAAGAAAAUAUCACAAGUGAUUUUUAUUAAAUAAUCAAUGACGAAAGAAAAAUGAAAUGAAUAGUAGAUUUUUAUCAAUGAGUCCUCGUCUCUGGUUACACGUGAAUUAAGCAGAAUCAAAGUACGUUUUUCUCAGGACUUAUGCAAAUAAUUAGAAACCAUUUGGUUCAAUUAAUUUCACACACCCUUUGAAAUAUUCCAAAGUGAUCUGAAGAAAGUUAAAAAAAACCCACCGAGUCGAAAAGAGCACCUGGUGUCAUUCCAGUUAUCAAAUAUAAACAAUCUUAUCGAUACUUCUUCAAUUAUUCAUCCACAGGAUGCUAUUAAGAUAACAGGAAAUAACGUAACGCUGGAAUUUUAUGGGUUUUUUCUCGAUACGAAGCAAUAACCAUGAAUUUCAAAUCGAAGAGGCUGAACGACUAUUGCCAAAAUACCAAUUGAGUUGUCCAUAAUUUUGCAAAAAAAAGAAAAGAAAAUUGAAAAAAAAAUCUCAACUUUUUUUCGUUUGUCUCAAACGUAAUUAUACAUAAUGAAAUACCAAAGAUCUACUUAGCUUGAAUAGAAGAGUACCUUAAGAGUAUGCAUGUUUUUAAGGGACAAUGGCGAGAAAGACAAAUACGAUCAAAUGAAAUGGACGAGUGUGAUUCCAAUGCCGCGUGAAGAUAAUUUGAGUGAGAGACAUAAAGAUAAAUGUAAUAUAAUUCCGCGUUUAAAUCAACAUCUACUGAUUCGAUAAAUUAUUAAAUUUUAAUUCAUAACCAAAUAAACGAAAUAAAAAAAAAAAA